AUGGUGUUUCCUAAAAGGUCCACACUUAGAAGGAAGGUCAAAGAACGGUUUGAAGAGCUUCAAUUGCAUCUUAAGAAACGACUACAACAAUUUUCAUCUAAAAUGUCAUUUACCAUUGAUGGAUGGACGUCAGUUGCUGGUAGGAGUUACUACGGGGUCACUAUUCAUUAUAUAGACAACGAAUGGAAGUAUCGAUCUGUAGUCCUUGAUUUUAUACCAUCACGCGGUCGACAUACUGGGGAAGAUAUUGCAACGAUUUUCCACGAAUGUUUAUUGGAAUAUGACAUAAUUGAUAAAAUACAGGGUGUCACGGUCGACAACGCAACUGCAAAUACCAAAUUUAUGCAUGAAUUGGACAAACAGCUGCCACACAUUGAUUCAGACAAUCAACAUUUCCGGUGCUUUGCUCACAUUUUGAACCUUGGUGUACAAGAUUUAUUAAAGACCUUAGCAUUACACUGUGAAAGUGACAAUAAGGGACAAGAACAGCAAUAUGAAGACAAUGAAGACGAAACUGAGGAAGAUGAAGAAUAUGCGCCAAAUAUUGCUGACUCACGUACAGCUAUAACAAAAUUACGCAGUAUUUCCAGUAAAAUAAAAAGAAGUGAGAUAUUAAAGAGGAAGUUUCAGUCUGCUUGUGAAGCAGCUGGCGUGCUAUCAAAUCUGAACGCCAUACUCGACUAUCCAACGAGAUGGAAUUCCACAUAUGAUAUGAUUGGAUUUGGUUAA